GGCACAACCCUUGUUUUCCAGUCUCCACUGUGGUUACUGGUUAGCUACCAAAACGCACUCAUCCCCAAUCUCCAUUGCUGCUUAUGCUUCAAAACCAAAAUUGUUGUUAUCGUUCCCAAAUCUCCCAAAGGCCCUAAACGUGACAAGAAACUCAAUCUCUAAUUAUCCAGGUGCCGAAGGAGAAUUCAAAAUUUUGGACAACAAAUCUUAGAAAUACAAGGGUCCCUGCGCAUUUGCCUGAACAUUGUUAUUAUUACUAUACUCCGUAAUAUAAAGUCUAAGGUUUGGGGUUUCGUCUGGAAUGGCUGCUUGUACUUCAACAUGCUCUAUAACCUCUGAUACUUGGUGCCGAAGGGGGGGAGUGACUGUUCUUGGAGGGAGAGAUAGCCCUGUGAAAAGGUUCAAUGAAAAGAAUGGGUCUUUGAGUUUGGGUGCUUGUAGAAAGAGCUGUUUGAAUUGGUCAUUGUUUAAGUGUUCUGCCAAUUUGAAUAGUUCACCCAAUGCCCGCAGUGCGAACCAGUAUCAGAGUAAAGACCCAUUUCUGAACCUGCAUCCUGAGAUUUCAAUGCUUCGAGGUGAAGGGAACAAUAAAAUAGCGACCCCGAGACAGGAAAAUGGGAUUGAAAAUGUCACAGAGAGCUUAAAAGAUUUGUCAAACGUGAGUAAUUACAAUGAGGCUAAGAUCAAGGUUGUGGGAGUUGGUGGUGGCGGGUCAAAUGCAGUCAAUCGGAUGAUAGAAAGCUCCAUGAACGGGGUGGAGUUCUGGAUUGUUAACACCGAUAUACAAGCUAUGAGGAUGUCGCCUGUGUUUUCUGAGCAUCGGUUGCAAAUUGGCCAGGAGCUCACUAGAGGACUUGGAGCUGGUGGGAACCCGGACAUUGGAAUGAAUGCUGCCAAGGAAAGUAAGGAGGCCAUUGAGGAAGCAGUUUACGGUGCUGAUAUGGUCUUUGUUACCGCUGGAAUGGGUGGUGGAACAGGGACUGGUGCAGCUCCUGUAAUAGCAGGAACGGCAAAGUCAAUGGGGAUAUUGACUGUUGGAAUCGUCACAACCCCCUUCUCAUUUGAAGGGAGAAGAAGAGCAGUUCAAGCUCAAGAAGGAAUAGCUUCUUUAAGGGAAAAUGUUGAUACUCUGAUUGUUAUCCCAAAUGACAAGUUGUUAACAGCUGUUUCCCCAUCUACCCCUGUAACAGAAGCAUUUAACCUGGCUGAUGACAUUCUACGUCAAGGUGUUCGUGGCAUCUCUGAUAUAAUAACGAUCCCGGGAUUAGUAAAUGUAGAUUUUGCUGAUGUACGUGCUAUAAUGGAAAAUGCUGGUUCCUCUUUAAUGGGGAUAGGAACUGCAACUGGGAAGACCAGAGCGAGAGAUGCUGCAUUAAAUGCCAUUCAGUCACCAUUGUUAGAUAUUGGUAUUGAGAGGGCUACUGGAAUUGUGUGGAAUAUUACUGGUGGCACUGACUUAACGUUGUUUGAGGUAAAUGCUGCGGCAGAGGUCAUAUACGACCUUGUUGACCCAAGUGCCAACUUAAUUUUCGGAGCAGUGGUUGAUCCCUCAAUAAGUGGUCAGGUAAGCAUAACUCUAAUUGCCACCGGAUUCAAACGGCAAGAAGGUGAUGAUAAGCCGGUUGGGCAGGCAAGUCAGCUAGCACCAGGGGAUGCCUCCAUUGGAAUUAACCGCCGGCCUGCUUCAUUCAUGGAGGGUGGUUCAGUAGAGAUCCCCGAGUUUUUGAAGAAGAAGGGACGUUCACGCUAUCCAAGAGCUUAAGAUUUCACUAGCACAUUAAAGGGCGAGUUUAGCUCCCGGGACACAAGAGAGCACAAUGGCCAUCAUACAAUUCUCAAUGAAAUUAUGUGAUCGUUUAAGUGGUGCGUCCCUAGUGUUUCUGGGCUAUUGUUCUAGUCUAGUAUUAUAAUAAUGAGAUGGACGGAAACCUUUGGGAAUGAACGCGUAAGGUUUAUAGAAAUACAGUUUAGUCGCGCUUUUCGUGUGUAUAGUGUAUUUAUGGGAGUAAGUAUGUUUGAUUCAUGUUUAUUAGUGCUUACUUGUUGAACACUUCCAUGG